CAAAAUUGUAAGGCAAAAUGACGAAUGGGGUGCACCACCAUCGAAUGACAUCACGUGCAAUACUGGAGGCAUCGCUACACUACAUCUCACCCCAAUAUUUUGGAUCUCAUUCCGAGCAAGCAAUCAAGGGCCGUUAUCGUACCUCGCAAGAGACAAAUCACUGAAACGAUGUCGGAACGAGGUAAUUUCCGCGGCGGUCGCGGGCGCGGUGAAGGCGGCGGAGGACGCGGUGGGCGGGGAGGCGGCGGCGGUCGCGGCGGAGGACAUCAUGAUGGUGACAAGGCCGAGAAGAAGGAGAAGCAAAACAUCCUCGACCUCACCCGAUACCUCAACAAAGAAAUUACCGUGAAAUUCAACGGAGGCCGUGAAGUCACUGGUCAGCUCAAGGGGUUCGACCAACUCAUGAACCUCGUGCUCGACGACGUCAAGGAAGUUACUAUAGACGCCGAAGGAAACCCCAAGACGCGCUCUCUGGGCAUGCUAGUCGCUCGAGGAACACUGCUCGUACUCAUCUCGCCCGUGGACGGCAGCGAGGAGAUCGCCAACCCUUUUGUAGCGGCGGAGGAAGACGAUGACGAAUGAGCGGAUGCAAGGGCCUACGCGCCCAAGCGAAUGGACUUGAGAAGAUUCUCCGAGGUCUGACAUGACGGGAUGUGAUACUGCCGUCUGCUGAACGAGAGAAUUGAUCCCUGGCGAUGGCCCAUUUUCUCCGAUCAUUUUUCGCAGAGAAGAAAGGCAGACAAUCCAUAACGGAGACGCCCGAGAUGCCGAUCCUACUCAUUGAUGGGGUUUGAACGACAAGAGAGUCACAACAUCUGCUCCUCGAUCAUAGCAGAGUGACUUGACCUGGGGUUGCGAAAGGCCAUGCAUGGCAUCAGACAUAGAUGCGACCAUCGCCUGCAGCUUCACGAGACACGGAGCGAAUUAUUAUCGAAAGGGAUUCUUCAUUCUCCUGAUGAUGAGACUAGGUACUCUGUUUUUCCAAAAACGAAUUUCAUACGAAACAAAAUAAAAAUGGCAUUUAGGGGAAUCAUUACACUUUUCGUCAAUCAAAAGACAAUUUCG